AUGUCCCAGCCGGGGGUACCGGCCUCCGGCGGCGCCCUCACCGGCCUCCAGGCCCAGAAUGGGGCCGCCUCGGCCUCGGGGUCUUCGUAUACCAACGGUCCUAUCCAAAAUGCACUGCUGUCUGCACAAGGAUAUAAUUCUCAGCUUCCAGGAUCCUACUCUCAUCUAUUACCAGCAAAGACUUUGAAUCCAGUCUCUGGACAGUCGAACUAUGGUGGUUCUCAGACUGUUUCUUCAUUGAGUAACUAUCAAGGACCUGAGCAGACUCUUCAUAGACCACCUAUGGCUUCUAAUCCAGUGACACCUUCACUCCAUGGUGGUCCUGUUCCCAGAAUGCCACAACAUGCUUCUCAGAACCCAGCUGCUACACCAAUGCCUUCUGGUAGCUUUCAUCCUGGAGCCAGCGCACCACCACCUCUGAAUUGGCAGUAUAACUAUCCAUCCCCAGGAUCACAGACAAACCAUUAUCCUCGAGUAUCAACCGGACCAACUAUGUCUGGGAAUACAAAUUUGACAAGUCAUCAAUAUGUUUCUUCUGGAGAUCCUUCACAUCAAAACAACUUCAUAAAAUCAGGUUCUGCACCCCCUCUGAAUCCACCUCUGCCUACCACUUUCCAACCAGGAGUCCCUGUUGGGCCUCCCCCAACUGGAGGACCACCUCCAAUGAGUGCCCUAAGUCCUCAGAAAUCAUCACAUAUGGAUGUGCACCGGCCAUCAUUUAAUUCACCUACCAACCAAGAUGGUAUAACAUCAAGUACCAAUAAUGGAUCUAUGAUGGUUCACAAUAGUUAUGAUGAAAUUGAAGGCGGUGGCUUCUUGGCAACACCACAGCUUACUAAUAAGAAUCCUACAGUGAGCCGAAGUGUUGGAUAUUCAUAUCCCUCUUUACCACCUGGUUAUCAGAAUACCCAACCACCUACAACCGGAAUGCCACCCUCUUCCUUGAGCUACCCAAGUGGGCCUCAGGCCUUUAACCAGAAUUCCUUAGGUGCUAAUCAUUUAACUGCAAGCAUGAGUGGAUUAAGUCUACAUCCAGAUGGGCUGAGAGUUAUUAACCUUCUUCAUGAGAGAAACAUGCUUCCAUCAACACCUUUGCAGCCUCCGGUUCCAAAUUUGCAUGAAGAUAUCCAGAGACUCAACUGUAACCCAGAGUUAUUUCGAUGUACACUGACUAGCAUUCCUCAGACUCAGGCCUUACUGAAUAAAGCCAAACUUCCGUUAGGACUGCUGCUUCAUCCUUUCAAAGACCUAAUGCAAUUGCCUGUGGUUACCUCCGGUACAAUUGUGAGAUGCCGUUCAUGCAGGACAUACAUCAACCCUUUUGUCAGCUUUCUUGAUCAAAGGAGAUGGAAGUGUAACUUAUGUUACCAAGUCAAUGAUGUUCCUGAAGAAUUCUUGUACAACCCUGUGACCAGAGUCUAUGGAGAACCUCACAGAAGACCUGAAGUUCAAAAUUCCACAAUUGAGUUUAUGGCUCCUUCAGAAUACAUGUUACGACCACCUCAACCUCCAGUGUAUGUCUUUGUGUUUGAUGUGUCUCACAAUGCAAUUGAAACUGGAUACUUGAAUUCAGUUUGCCAGAGUUUGUUAGACAAUCUGGAUUUGCUUCCUGGCAACACUAGGACAAAAAUUGGCUUCAUAACAUUUGAUAGUACAAUCCACUUCUACAGUCUUCAAGAAGGUCUCUCUCAACCUCAGAUGCUAAUAGUUUCAGAUAUUGAAGAUAUUUUUAUACCUAUGCCGGAGAACUUAUUAGUAAAUUUAAAUGAAAGUAAAGAGCUCGUCCAAGAUUUACUGAAAACUUUGCCACAAAUGUUUGCCAAGACCCUGGAGACCCAGAGUGCCUUGGGUCCUGCACUUCAAUCUGCCUUUAAGCUGAUGUCCCCAACUGGUGGUCGAAUGUCUGUCUUUCAAACACAACUCCCAACUCUUGGAGCAGGAGCUCUGAAACCACGAGAGGAACCCAACCAAAGGUCAUCUGCUAAGGAAAUUCACUUGACACCAUCCACUGACUUCUAUAAGAAAUUAGCUCUGGACUGUUCUGGUCAACAGGUAGCUGUUGAUUUAUUCCUUCUCAGUGGACAGUAUUCUGAUUUGGCUUCUUUGGGUUGUAUUUCUCGGUAUUCAGCAGGUAGUGUCUAUUAUUAUCCCUCAUACCACCAUCAACACAACCCAGUCCAGGUACAGAAAUUACAGAAGGAGCUACACAGAUACCUCACUCGGAAGAUUGGUUUUGAGGCAGUCAUGAGGAUUCGGUGUACCAAAGGUCUUUCCAUUCAUACUUUCCAUGGGAACUUCUUUGUUCGGUCAACAGACUUACUGUCUUUGCCCAAUGUAAAUCCAGAUGCUGGAUAUGCAGUACAGAUGUCAGUGGAAGAGAGUCUUACUGACACUCAGUUGGUUUCCUUUCAGUCAGCACUUUUGUAUACGUCCAGCAAAGGUGAAAGAAGAAUUCGUGUUCAUACUUUGUGUUUGCCAGUAGUUUCAACACUGAAUGAAGUUUUUCUCGGAGCUGAUGUUCAAGCAAUUUCAGGGCUGUUGGCCAAUAUGGCUGUGGACAGGUCUGUGACUGCCAGUCUGAGUGACGCUCGGGACGCCCUCGUGAAUGCCGUCAUAGACUCUCUUUCAGCUUAUCGCUCUUCAGUCCUAAGUAACCACCAGCCCGGACUCAUGGUUCCUUUUUCGUUGCGGCUUUUCCCACUCUUUGUGUUGGCUCUCCUUAAACAGAAAUCAUUCCAGACUGGAACAAAUGCACGUCUAGAUGAACGCAUUUUUGCUAUGUGUCAAGUGAAAAAUCAGCCCUUGGUUUACCUUAUGCUCACAACUCAUCCCAAUUUGUAUAGAGUUGACAAUCUUUCAGAUGAGGGAGCACUCAACAUCAACGAUCGAACUAUACCUCAGCCACCUAUUCUUCAGCUUUCAGUGGAGAAGCUGAGCAGGGAUGGAGCUUUUCUCAUGGAUGCAGGCUCUGUACUGAUGCUUUGGGUUGGAAAGAAUUGUGGACAGAAUUUUCUCAGCCAAGUUUUAGGAGUUCAAAGCUAUGCAUUAAUUCCACAGACUAUGACAGAUCUUCCAGACCUUGAUACCCCAGAAUCUGCCAGAACUAUAGCUUUCAUAUCUUGGCUUAGAGAACAAAGACCAUUUUUCCCAAUACUUUAUAUAAUAAGGGAUGAGAGUCCAAUGAAAGCAGUUUUCCUUCAAAACAUGGUAGAAGACAGAACAGAAUCUGCAUUUUCAUAUUAUGAAUUCCUCUUGCAUAUACAACAGCAAGUGAAUAAAUGA